AUGACACGAGUCUCAAAUCUAGCUCAGCUCUUUUGCGCGUUUGUUUUUGCGGCUCAAGUACAUGCUACCAAUCUUCCACCACCAUUGCAACCUGAUAAACGAUCUACAGUUCGUCCCUCUCCAAUUGUAGAUGAUAUCCCUAUAACAUGUACCACAUCGGCCAUUAGUAUAGGAUGUGGAAAAAAUGCUUGCCAGAGUGCCUGGGCAACAGCUUUCACGUCCUCUAAUGCCUACGUGCAAUCAUUCUGUUCCUCAUUUACCUCCCCAGGACGCAGGAAUACUCUUUCAUUUGACAAGAAGGGACCCGCAGGCGCAUGUACAAAAGGUCUUGGAAAUGCUACCAUCCAGUCCUCCAUCUCAUCAGUUUGUUCUUGCUACGCUGGCCCCGGAGUUCCAACUACAGCAUUCGUAACGAUCUGUCCUACCUGUCCACCCAUUCAAACACAAAUCGUCACAACAUCUGUACCCACUACCACUACUAUCGUUAGAACUGCUGACGGAAUUGUCAAGACAGUGACCACCAUUAUAACACUAGUCGCCGACCAGGUACUAUCAAAUCGCAUUACUACCACAACCACACAAUUCAUAACGCGUUCAGAUCUCUCGGCACCUUGUACCACCACCACAAAUGUCCUAACUACAACUUUAGUAACAGCCAUCUACGACUACUUCACGUAUAUAACCACUACCUACCAGGCAGGUCGUUAUCCAUGUGACACUACUCCUUGGCAAUCACCGAGCGCCACUACCAUUACAGUGUACACACCAUACUGUGAUCAAAUAUCCGAACGAAUCAUUACAAUAACCAGUACCGUCACUGCCGGUCUUCCAUUUCUACCUCCAUCGCCCGCAAUAUGUGAACCAAUGACUACAACAACGGUAACUUUAGUAAUCGAUCCUAUGCCCAUCGAACACACGACCACCGAGACGAUAACGGCUGGAAUAUGCACGGCUACGACGACAGAGACAAGCACCACUACUUGGGAUGAUAAUGGGUUUUGGCCCACACCUACUCCGUCGACUUUCUCGCCAAUUAUAAUUGAUGAUGAGGGAUUGACUUGGAGGGAUAGUUUGGUGGUGUCAAGCCAGGCUACUAGCACAAGUAUUCAGUAA